AUGGCGGGGAAGGACUGGUUCACCUCCUUCAUGGAGCGCAGUGGCAGCCUCUCCCUUCGGCGUCCAGAGGCCACUAGCCAACAACGGUUGUCAAAUUUCAACCAAAGAAAUGUAAACUUGUUCCACCAAAAUUUAAAGACAGUGCUGGACCGGCACCAGUUCCAGGCCAAGGACAUUUGGAACAUUGAUGAAACCGGGGUCACCACUGUCCAGGUGCCAGACCGUGUCGUCGCCCAGAUGGGGCAGAAGCAGGUCGGGUCAGUGACCUCAGCGGAGAGGGGGACCCUGGUCACAGUUGCCCUGGCAGGCAAUGCGCAAGGCGACCUUGUUCCGCCAUUCUUCAUCUUCCCCCGUAAGCGGUUCAAAGACCACUUCCUGAGGGGUGGACCCGUUGGCUGUGCUGGCAGCGGCAACCCAACUGGCUGGAUGAAGGAGCCAGACUUCCUCCUGUACCUGGCCCACUUCACCAGUCACACCCGUGUGUCCAAGGAGUCGAAGCUGCUCCUCCUGCUGGACAAUCACACGUCCCACCUGUCAAUUGCAGCAAUUGAUUACUGCAGAGCCAAUGGCAUAGUGCUGCUGUCAUUCCCUCCCCACUGCACCCACAGGUUGCAGUCAAUGGACAUUAGUGUCUUCGGCCCCCUAAAGGGGUACGUAAACAGUGCGGCGGACAGGUGGAUGAGGAGCCACCCAGGGAUAAACAUCUCAAUUUAUGAUGUGCCCUCCAUCGUUGCUGAAGCCUUACCAAAGGCUGCAACAGUGAACAACAUUACCUCCGGGUUCUCAAGUCCAGGGAUCUGGCCUUUUAACCCCUCUGCAUUUGAGGAAAAGGACUUCGCCGGAGCCUAUUCAACAGACCGUCCUCCUCCCCAGGCUUCGGGUGACGAGGUCAGCGCUUCUCCAGGUGCCACUUCAGGCAUGGAUGUACCUGAUCGAGCAGCCGGGCCUGACGAAGCUGCCGGGCCUGACGAAGCUGUCCGGCCUGAGGGAGAGGCCGUUGAAUUCAGCCCGGACAUCGUCCGGCCUUACCCUAAGGCCGGACCUAGAAAGAUCACAAAGAGAAGAGGGAGAAAGAGGCAAGUGGAGUUACUCUUGCAUCUCAUAUCUUGUCUGGACUUCCUUUGUCUACAGUCAUGUAGACCUACCACAUUUAAAGUAAUUCAAUUAUCAUUAAAACGCCCAAUUUAAUGUUUUCAGGACAACUGCUAUACUUACGGACACCCCCGUGAGGGCUGCUUUAGAGGCGGAAAAGCAGGGAACUGUGAAGCAGCGUCGUCCCGCCAAGCAGCCUCCCUCCUCUCGGGCUCCCAAGAAGAGGCUGUUCUCGCCCGCUCCUGAAGCCGCCCCCCUUGCUGGAGUCACCCCUGGUGCCACCUCAGCUGCUCCUCCCACCAUCACCUGGCCCGCUGAUGGAGUCAGCCCCACCUUAGGCCUAGUGUGUCCUGUUCCAGAGGCAGCAGAGUUCACCACUAUUGCUGCCUCUACUUCUCCAAUUUAUUUAGGCCUAUCCAGCGAGGACGUCAGCUGCCUCGUGUGCUGCGAGCUCUUCAGCGCCUCGAUGCCUGGGGAAGAGUGGGUCCAGUGUGUCUUUUGUUACAAGUGGUCGCAUGAGGCUUGCACCGACGGGAGUGCACACUACCUGUGUCACCUGUGUGACAAAGAAUAAAAAUAUUCAGCCUAC